UCUGAAGACUGCAGGAUGAUGAGGAGGAUCAUAGGUGAAGAUCCACUCUGGUCGCUGGCUAUAGUGCCCCGCUUGUCAGACCUCUGUCUGCAGUGUAUCGUGGACAACUUUGAAGAAAAGCCAAUAUAUGAAGGACUUACAGUGACCCAGAAAGACUUGGUCCAGGAGAGGCUGUGCCUUUCUCUGCCCCUGCAGCUGACAGCCAACCUGCUGCCGGACGGGCCCUACUGGAGGCGCUGCUGCCAGCAGAAGUGGGACGUUUGUGAUGUCUCUCAAUAUGACCACAGCUGGAAACGAAUGUUCUUUGAGAGGCACCUGAAGAACAUUAUUGAGCUUUUUAUCCCUAAUGAAACAGACCCAAAUGUAGUUCUACACAUGGUCCCGCUUUGUAAAAACUAUGUCAAGAGGCUGGACAUCUCCCAGCUGCUGCUGCCUAUCAAGGAGCACCAGAGAGAGGAAGAGGAGGAUGGAUCAGACCUGGCAGUUGAUACCCAGUAUGAUGUACCUGGAAUCGACCACUUUGACUUUGGUAUACUGCUUGACAAGCUGACAAACCUGGAAGAGCUGCAUCUGAUGUAUGGAGUUAAACAAUGUGGUAUGAAUUUUGAAUGGAAGAUGUUUGAAAUGACUGAACGAGACUGCGAGUCCCUUGGCAAGGCCGUUAAGUCCUGUAGGACCUUGAAGCUUCUGAGGCUCCAUCAAAGCCACAUUGAAGAUAAAAAGUGUCGGCUGCUGGUGAAGUACCUUAUGGAUCAUCCCUGUCUGCGGGAGCUUGACUUUUCUUACAAUCUGAUCGGUGACAGUGGAGCCAGAGCUAUCGGCAAACUGCUCACCAACAGUAAACUGGAGAUCCUUAACAUGUGUGACAACAACGUUAGUGGCGUGGGAGCCAAAGCUAUAGCUCACGCUUUGUCUAAGCACUCCAGUCUUUUGUCUCUCAACCUGCGUCUCAACCAUCUGAGGGAUGAGGGGGGUGAGGCUAUUGUCGAGGCGUUGCUGAAAAACAACACCCUUCGUCACCUGCACCUUGGAGGCAACAAGAUGACUUGCCUUACUGCUUUUGCCUUGUCUCAGGUGCUCGUACAGAACAAUUCCCUGAAGAGCAUCAAUCUCUCCUGCAAUAAGUUGGGUGAGGAAGGAGGUAAAGCUUUGGAGGAGGCAAUGUCUCACAACACCAGUGUAACAGAAUUCUACAUCUGCCUGACAGAAGUUAAUGAGCAGAGUGUUUCCUCCAUUAACCAAGUGGUUUGGACCAACCAGAGUUUACAACUUAAGAAACAAGCUUAA